CCACUUCCCCUAACGGCGGCCCCAAUCCUACAUAAAGGCAUGACUUCCCGGCACCACAGGGAAAAUAGGGUGCAAGCCCAGAAACUAUUUCCCCAUCACCACUUGUUGAAAAACUGAUUUGAAGGCAUCUCCGGGUUUGAACAAACGAAAGUGCCAGGAUUUCAAGCGUCUUUGGUUUUGCGCUACAGACCCUUCACUACUGAGUAUCAAGACGAAGAAAACUGGAAACUGAUCGGAACCUUAUUCAGAGUCAGAAUGCAAAGAUUUGAAGUGACAGCACCACCUGCCCGAAACCGUUCUAAGACUGCUUUGUAUGUGACUCCCCUGGAUCGAGUCACUGAGUUUGGAGGUGAGCUGCACGAAGAUGGAGGAAAACUCUUCUGCACUUCUUGCAAUGUGGUUCUGAAUCAUGUUCGCAAGUCUGCCAUUAGUGACCACCUUAAGUCAAAGACUCACACCAAGAGGAAGGCAGAAUUUGAAGAGCAGAAGGUAAGAAAGAAGCAGAGGCCCCUACCUGCAUCCCUUCAGUGCAACAGUACUGCGCAAACAGAGAAAGUCAGUGUUAUCCAGGACUUUGUGAAAAUGUGCCUGGAAGCUAACAUCCCACUUAAGAAGGCUGAUCACCCAGCAGUCCGUGCUUUCCUGUCUCGCCACAUAAAGAAUGGAGGCUCCAUACCUAAGUCAGACCAGCUGAGGAGAGCAUAUCUGCCUGAUGGAUAUGAGAAUGAGAAUCAACUCCUCAACUCACAAGAUUGUUAACAAGGAGGUUACCACCAUUGUGAUCAAGAUAAAUGUGG